AUGGAUCGCCAGAUUCGCCCAAUCUAUGAGGCUCUGGACACGGGCUCUAACAAGUCGGCGAUCCUAGCUUGCAACAAGAUCCUCAAAAAGCAGCCAACUAACCAGCUGGUUAAGGCCUUGAAGACGCUUGCUCUCGUCCGUUCACAAAAGGUCGAGGAGGCUCUUAUAUUCUGUGAUGAAAUUCUUGCCUCAAAGCCCUCCGAUGAUGCGACGUUAUCAGCUAUGAUGCAUGUGCUUCGUGGUCUUGGUCGUCAUCUUGACAUGGUGACGAUGUACGAAGAUGCGUACAAGCAGCAACCUGGAAACGAGGAGAUGGGCCAGCAAACCUUCUUUGCGAACGCGAGGAUAGGGAAUUGGAAAGCGGCGCAGCAGAUCGCCACCAAACUGCACAAACAGUUCCAGGAGGACCUCUACCUGUACUGGUGCGUCAUGAGCACUUACUUGCAGGCCAAAGACCCCGCCACGCCCGCCAACCUUCGUGCGGUGCUCUUCAAACUGGCACAUCGCCUCCUUUCUCAGUCACCAAACAUCUCUUACUACAACGCCGACCGCUUUCAUCUCCAUGUGACGGUCCUCAAAGAGUUGGAGCUAUACGAUGAGGCCUUCCAGAUGCUCGAGCACGACGGAGGGAAGCUCAUAUGCAGCCUCAAUUUGUCUUGCGAGGAACUCCGUAAGGAGAUUUGGAAGCUCAAGGGUCUGGCGACGGAAGAGGGUGCACGUGCAGAAAAGCGGAUUGUGGAGGUCAAGGACCGGAAUUGGCUUGAAUUCCUCUCUGUACUCGACGCCACAUUUUGCGAUGUGCCUGUAUCUGGGUCGGAAGACGCCGCUGCGGCUAGGGCGUCGUGCGAAGAGCAGAUAGCUCGCGCGCGCGAACUCUUUAGCAAGGUCGUCGAAGAGGACGGCGUCAAAGACCGUGCGGGACACCUUGCUCUUCUGGAACUAGAGCAACGCGCAAGGCAGCACGGGCUCUCCAAUGAUCCGUCCGCCCUUACUUCGUUGAUGGAGAGUUACUUUGCGACCUUCGGUGGUAAAGCUUGUUGUUACGAGGAUCUCAAGCCAUACGUCGGAGAUGCAGCAGUUAGCGCCGCCAGGUGGACCACUUACUUGGAAGCCCAACCCGCGAGCGUCGCGUCAAUCCCGGACAUUUGGCGACACAUCAAUGCGCAGAAGCUACUCCGAUACACACUUGCCGCAUCUGCGCUCACUCCUGAAGCCGAAACACGCCGUGCUGUCGAGCUCUUUGACGUCUACCUUCAGGGCCUGUCUCUGGGUAAAGACUUGCCCAGUUUUGAGCUUCAACCGGUGGACGACCUGGUCAUCCUCGCCGCUGAGAUCUUCGUAAACUCCUGGAAGCUGUCUGGCGAUGAGGCCCACUUGUACAACGCUGCUGCUUUGCUUGAGUAUGCUAUUGGACAGAGCAAGAUGUCGUACCAGAUCCGUCUUCACUUGAUCCAGAUCUAUCGCUUGCUCGGAGCUCCUUCGCUAGCAGUAGAACAUUACCGCGGUAUCAAAGUCAAGCAGGUUCAGAACGAUACGCUUUCACACUUCAUUCUCUCAAGGGCAUCAACGUUCUCCUUAUCGUCCAUCGGUGACUUGACUUUCACUACGGAAUGCCUUGAGUCCAGUCGAAUAUAUCUGUCCAAUUCCGAGGAGACCGCAGAGUUCAUCGUUCGUGCUUUUGGCGGAGAAAAAUACUCCCAGAUCCCAGAUAUCAUCACCUUCGAAGAGCGCUUGGAUAACUCUCUCCAACGGGAUCUAGUGAAGAUGGAGCAUGUCCGAAUGCGGGUUGCCCACGAGGCUCUCAACUCUGAGCUCAUCGACAUGGAGCUUAUCGAGCUGAAGUUUAUCUUCGACCGCUCCCAUCAUGACAACCGCGACUUCGACAUUCUUGCAAACUAUCAGCCUCGAGCAUCAGCGUCCUUCAACGACCAGACACAAUUUGCUGGCAAGAUACCUGGUCUCGGCUGGCUUUCAGUAUUCCUGAAGAUCUACAUCAGGGCUUUUCAGAUGGCUAGCGAUCUGGACGACACCGUGGAAGACAAGCUCCUGAUCGGCGAUCGCCCAAAACCGAGCUAUGACCCGAAUACCAAGUUGCCUUUGAAAGAACGCCUUGUCAUUCGCAAGGAAGAGGAGCUCGGCGAGCUUUCUGCGACGGAAGUUCAGCUCUACGAUUUCGCCUCCGCCCUGUCCGAAUGGCUCACCCCGUAUCAUGAUUACGCCCGCCCGCCACCAUCUGCGGUUCUGGCCGAGGCAGCUAAACUGACAGAACAGAAGACCGGUCAUACCCUGAAGAACCUGGAACUUCCUCCGGAAGCGAAUGGGAACGGGAAGAAGGACGAAGAGCCACCAACGGUUGUCGAGCCUCCAACUUCUAUCGCUGCUUACUUUGAUGACAUGCUCAAGCAGAUCAAGGAGGCGUUCGCAUCGAAGGCCCUCUCCAGCGAGCUGCUUCAUCUAGUGACGUUGGCACAGGAAGCGUUCCUGCUCUUUGCCAUCGAGACGGUCCGUUUCAAGACUGCGUCUGUGGUCAAGCAGAACAAAUUCGGUGCUCUCUCUCAGUACAUAAAGGAAAUCAGAGCCAAGUCCGCGGCGACGCUCACGGAGAUUUCUGCCGAGCUGGUAAAGAGCGCAGAGGCAGACGCAACGGCAGAUAGUCGGGCUGCUAUUGUUGCAGCAUGUAAGCCAAUUAUUCAAGACUCUGGCUUGGACCAUGAUUUCGUCCUCAACGUUGCCAAGAAGAUCACGGAUUCGCGGAAACAGAUUCUAGACGGCGUUGGGAAGGGUAUCGUCAAGCUAUGCAAGACUCAUGCAUGA